AAUGGGAAGAUCGGGAACUUUGACAGAAUAUAGUGAUUGUACUUUGUUCUUCUGUUUCACCACAACUUAGAGAUUUAAGGAAGUUGGUGGAGCUCCGCCUCGCUCCCUUUGUCCCAGUUCAGUGUGGCUGAAACCGGAGUUCAGUGAGGAGGUUUUCAGGGCGGUGGAUCCAACAAGUAGUGGAGCUGUCACUUAGUUCGCUACCAUGAUAUACAGGCAUCUCCUCCCGUUGGUGGCUUUGCUACUAAUCGGCUCUGAAAUCAGUCUCAGUGGUAACAUACUGGUUCUUCCCGGUGAAUUCAGCCACUGGUACAACAUGCGAGUAAUCGUGGACGAGCUGGUCGCUCGGAAUCACAGUGUAACUGUUCUCAUUCACUCAGCAUCGCCUUCGAUCAACUUCAAGCAAAAGGAGAACUUCAAAUACAUUGUUUUUAAGGUCAGCAUAGACAAACAGCAUGCAGAGGUCUUGUGGCAGAACAUGGUUAACGUUUCGUUGAACGACACCAUGACCGGGAUUGAGACUCUGUUGUUUUUCUGGAACAUGCUGUCUGACUUUGAGGAAUAUCUCGGAUCAAUAUGUGAAGGAAUGCUGCUCAAUCAGGAGCUCAUAGCUUCACUCAGGGAAUCACACUUUGAUGUACUUCUAUUUGAUCCUGUGAUGCCAUGCAGUGAUCUACUGGCAGAGACCCUCGGCCUCCCCCUGGUCAUGUCUUUUAGACUGUCUUUCGGAUACACUUUUGAGAGACUGUGCGGUCAGUUGCCAACUCCACCGUCAUAUGUGCCCGCUGCUGCCACCCAAGGGCAUCUCAAUGACCACAUGAACUUCAUAGAGCGGGUAGAGAAUGUGCUGUUGUAUGUUGCUGCCACAGCAGUAAGCAAACUGCAAAUGAUGAUGUUUGAUAAGUAUUACACCAAAAUUACAGGCAAACCCAGAACAGUGUGUGACACUUUGGGAAAAGUGGACAUCUGGUUAAUCAGAACUUACUGGGACUUUGAGUAUCCACGACCGCUCCUGCCGAGCUUGAAAUUUGUUGGGGGGCUGCAGUGCAAGCCUGCGAAGCCACUUCCAAAAGAGAUGGAGGAGUUUGUUCAGAGCUCAGGGGAUGAUGGCAUUGUGGUGUUUUCCUUGGGCUCCAUGGUGAAGACCCUCUCCAAACAAAGAGCCAACACCAUCGCUGCAGCACUCGGACAGAUCCCACAAAAGGUCUUGUGGCGGUAUACGGGAGAGAAACCAGACACUCUUGCUCCAAACACAAGACUCUAUGACUGGAUUCCCCAGAAUGAUUUACUAGGACAUCCUAAAACCAAGGCCUUCAUCAGUCAUGGUGGGACUAAUGGAAUUUAUGAAGCUAUUUACCAUGGUGUCCCAGUGGUGGGCAUUCCACUGUUUGGUGACCAGUCAGACAAUCUGUUCCACAUGAAGACCAAAGGAGCAGCUGUCAUGCUUGAAUUCAACAAAAUGGAGACCAAAGACCUGAAGGACGCUCUCACCGAAGUUAUUAACAAUCCCUCGUACAAAGAGAGCAUCAUGAGGCUUUCCCGAAUCCACCAUGAUCAGCCGAUGAAGCCGCUGGACGAGGCUGUCUUCUGGAUCGAGUUUGUGAUGCGCAACAAGGGGGCCAAGCACCUGAGGGUGGCAGCCCAUGACCUCACUUGGUACCAGUACUACUGCCUGGAUGUCGCUGCCUUUUUGCUGUCCAUAGUCGCUCUGGUCACAUUCAUCUUUGUGAAAUCGUGUGCUUGGCUCUUCCGUAAAUGUUGCAGAAGGACCUCAGCAAAGAGCAAAAAAGAGUGAAUAACUGAAUGAACAUCACUGUGUUAAUGAUUACUGUGAUAUUUUCACAAGAGUUUAAAGUCUAAUAUGCUGUAUUAUACUGUAAACGUACAUUAUUCGUGCCUCAGGUUUUUCACUGUGCGCCAGUCAACUUAAAUCCUAGGUUCUCAGCGAGUCCAGCACAGUUUAAUUACAUGUUUUAUAAAUCAUUUUCACUGUUCUUGACAAGACAAAAGGAUUUUGUCCAUAUGUUGUACAGUGUUUUGUCCAUCCAUCCAUUUUCUAAGCCGCUUCUCCGUCGCGGUGGGUGCUGGAGCCUAUCCCAGCGGUCAUCGGGCGGAAGGCAGGAUACACCCUGGACAGGUCGCCAGUCCAUAAAUGAACUUUUGAUUAUGUAAACAUCAAAUCAGCUUAAUGUUUAGAUUCUUUAGGGCAUUUUACAUUUAAGUGAAAGCGUCUGCUCUGUUUUAUGCAUUUUUAUAGAUAUACUGAAUUGUAAUGUGAGCUGCAUAGUUGCAACUUGAAUGACACAGAACCUAAAAACUGACAGAACCGAACAAAA